AAAGAUCAUAGCGUCGCGCAUAAAUAUCUCAAGUAAAAGUUAGCUCGUUCAUGCUUAGCCAAGUCUAGCGUAUCCGAAGUUCCGACAUCCGCUCCGUUGCUUCACGACCACACCCUUAUCCCAACUAUUGAACUUCACGUUCAACAGGAUGAGGUAUUCAUGCGGCCGGCUAUGAGAAAACCGAAUAUGACACAAGGAUCAAGUACCUUCUAGCAACUGCCGCUAUAGAGAAUGCAAUCAGACAUAGACGAUUUGCCGCCCCUCAGAGAGAGGGUAUCUCAAGCUUGUGAUACAUGUAAACAAAGGAAAGUAAAAUGUGACGGGAAAGUCCCCUGUGGCUACUGUAAAAGACGGCAUCGAGAGAAAACAUGCCGGUUCUCUCCUUCCGUCCGCCGCCGCCGCCUUCCUUCCGUUCUUUCCGAAACUCCAACGACGAACGUUUCUACUCCAUCAAGCCGCAUCUGGCCAGCUACUCCAACUACAACACCGACAGUCCCAAUACCAACAGUAAUUCAUGUAUCACCCACCUUGACACGUCAGAGUGAUGUUUCAGCCGAGGAAGAAGCCGAAGUUCCUCGUGAUGCACGUCUCAUUUGCGAUGCGCAGGGAAGACUAGUCUUUACAGGCGAUUGCGCACCGCUCUCGCUAUUUCAAACGGUUCGUCAGAUUGUGACGACAAGAGUAGACCCCCAUGCAUUUUCACCAGAAACUAGUCGAGUCUCUAUGCUCGAAAACGUCAGUUCUGAGGGUCUAGUGCCGAUUGAUUCAGCGGGAGAGCCAGAAAUCAAUCAAGCAUCUAUACAACGGUUGGUGAACACUUUCCUGACUGUAAUAAGUGGUCUAGUGGACUUAUUCGAUAAUAACACAUUGAUUCCCGAAAUUCAAUCAUGGGCAAACCAAGCAAAGCGCCCAGUAGACGUGACAGCAGCAGUGUACUAUCUAGUCCUGGCCAUCGGGUCACAAUCCGAAGAUGAACAGCUCGCAACCACAUACUUUCUCCGAGGGAAACAUCUAGCACUGUCUACAUUGACGGGGAAUCUUAGUGUCGGGACCGUCCAAUCUUUUCUAUUGACAACAUUGUAUAUGCUUCGAUCCUGCCAGAUUAACGCGGCGUUCUUGUUCUUCGGUAUUGCAGCAAGAGCAGCUUAUGCAAUUGGACUUCAUCGAACCGAGGUGAACUCUCGUUUUGGCCCCGAGGUCCAUGUCCGAAGAGACCGUCUGUGGAAAAGCAUCCGUGUCUUAGAUCUCUACCUAAGCAUAUCUAUGGGUCGACCCCCAGCAGCCUCAGAUGCAGAUUGUACAGUCCCGUAUCACAACACAUCAGAUGAUGGCAGCGAGCGAUACGAUUUACUGAACGCAUCCGUACAAAUCCUUUCUCUCGUCGAAGGUAUCGUGCAAGAAGUAUAUUCGAGACGAAAGAUCUCGUUGCAGCUCACAGAGGGCAUAUCGCGCCAACUCCGCGACUGGUCGAACAAAUGGCUAUCGGCCCUGCUUCGAAUGAGCAGGAACCAAGAUAACGGAGAACGAACCGGUGCAUGUCAAGUCUUGUCGUCGUAUUACUACGCCGUGAUGCUUGUAUCACGCCCCUUCCUCAUGUACGAGCUCUGCAGACGACUUCCAGAAAGCGUCGCAUCACCCCCUCGUCCCACAGCUCCCGCAGCCGAGACCAACGGGUCGGGUCGAACGAAGCUAGCAAACGCAUGUAUCGACGCCGCAACCCUCAUGAUCGGGCUGACAUCCGAUUUCAUAUCGCAAAGACCAUCAGAUAAACGCAUGCCUCUCCUCGUCUCCUGGCUCUUCGUCUCUUCACUAGUAGUAAGCGUAGGCCACCUCUCAAACUUCGGCCGCGCGCUCGGAAAGCCCGCCGAAGAAUCGAUUCGCGCGCUAGAAUACUUCGCAUCGCAAGACGCGCACGCGUCGCAAUACGCACGAAUAGCGCAGUCCCUACACCGCUGCGCCCAGUCCUAUCUAGCACGACAAGACGCCGAAGACCGUCGGCGGAUCGCGGAGUCGUCGACGCAGCUCUUCGGGCUCAUGCCUAAGGAUCACGAGACUAACAAUCAAAACAACGGCCGACCUAAUACAAGCGGGACCCGAUAUCCAGAGGUACGGGUAUCAGACCCGACGGGGUUGGAGCCGUGGUCAUCCGGGCCGUUCGAUGAUUUCGACCCCGCCAUCUUUUCCUUCGGCGAGUCGCAUACGCCUUUGGCGGAUAUUCGGGUCCCGCAAGGCCAAGGGCAUGGCUAUGUGCACGAAGGUAGCGCGGAUCAGGUUUUCGGGGCGAUGAAUCUUUUCCCUCUGCUUGAUGGGAAUGGCCAUAUAGAUCUGGCACAUCUGUUAUGAAGCAAGGAGCGACUAUCGGGCAGAAAGUGCUUUGAGAGCGUGCAACAAAGGAUGGACUAGGAAUAGAAAGUACGAGUCUAGUGAUCGUACCAGUUUGAAAUGCCGAGGGUGAUGAUAAAACUGAGAACAGCAGGUUUCCGAUGAAUAUGCGAAAAGUUCGAAUUGUGUAGUUGUAUUAUGAAUAUCCCGAUUUUCGUAUCCUAACAAUGCUAUGCUAUCUAACAAUAUAAAUUUAUGU